UUUCCGUCUUCCCUCUCAGGAUCUCCCAAUGGUCUUUCAGGUUCCCUUGCUUCCAUUCUGUCUCCCGUUGGGUUUCCCUCACCCUUAGAAGGGUUUCUCUCGCAACUCAAUCCCUCUGUGUCUCUACCUAUGACCUCCCUGUCUCCUAGUGCGGCCUCCUCUUCUGCUUUCUCUCCCUAUCGACCUCUGACAUUAGUCGACAAGGUAGGGUCGUCUGCGGCACUGCAUGGCCCUGCUGGCUUGGUGCCUCUUCCUCUGCAUGACAGUCAUCUCCAGCAGUAUCUCCUCCCUGGGCGUCCUUCCCUCGAUCUCCUUGGUCUCCGUGAAAGCCUCUGCUACUACUUCAGAUGCAAGACGCUAGCCACCUACUGCCAGCGUCAGUCGGGAGGUGUUGCUGGCAUGAACUGUGGGAUUUUUGAGGUGUGUUGCAACCCAGAACUUUACCAGGGAGCCUUCUCCUCUAACUUCAACUCCUACAGCAGUCGCAGAGGUGCCUGCGGCCUUCAGAACAAUGCCAAGGUCAACGGGCGCAUCAAUCACCCGCGUCACGAGGAAGGCGACGCUGAAUUCGGGGAGUACCCGUGGCAGGCAGCGGUGCUGAAGAAGGAAGGCUUCGACAACGUGUACGUGUGUGCUGGAACACUGGUCGACCACAGACAUGUCAUUACCGCCGCUCAUUGUGUCAAGGGGCUUCUGAUUGAGGAUCCCUCGGGAGAAUGGGAAGUGACCCUGGGAACAGAUUCUACCCUUAUCGAUAGUGACGUCAGUGCUCUCUUCGUCAACCCAGACUUCUACUCCGGCAACCUCAUCAACGAUAUCGCCAUUGUCAGAAUUGAAUUUCCAGUCGACUUUUUAAAAAACCCUCACAUAGGACCAGUUUGUCUGCCCAGUCGAGUCGACUUCACUGGUCAGAGGUGCUGGGUAUCAGGCUGGGGCAAGGAUAACUUCGACGAGACAGGACAAUACCAAAACAUUCUCAAGGAGGUGGACCUGCUGGUGGUGCCACGGUACGCGUGUGAAGCAGCGCUGCAACAGACGAGGCUGGGCGCCACCUACCGCCUCCAUCCUGGCAUGCUGUGUGCUGGUGGGGAACCCGGCAAAGAUGCCUGCAAGGGUGACGGUGGGGGCCCCUUGGCGUGUGAGGGUCCAGACGGACGGUACCAGCUGGCCGGGAUAGUGUCUUGGGGGAUAGGCUGUGGUUCCUCUGGUGUUCCCGGCGUCUAUGUCAGCGUUGUUCACUACUUAGAUUGGAUCACACAAAUAAUUAAAUUCUAGUCUCCACCUUCUAACUCUGAACUCCUCCUAGACCUCCUAUCUUAACGAUCGUUUCACGAAAUCAUAUAAGAUUAACAAGCUCUGAGAUGCUCCUGGUUCUAUAAUCGAAGUCCCAUCUAGCACACUAUGAACUCGACAUAGUUAUAGAUUUGAGGUUCUCUGCCUUCAGGAUAAUACCAACCAGAUUGGGCCCAUUAAUUUACAAAUUACAGGUUCCAUUAUCUCUGAUCUGUCGUCUGAUUUUUCAUAAAUUUUGAACAUCUGCCUUAAGAUAAAAUACUUUCUUAGUUCUAUGUUUGGGUUACCAGAAAUCCUAAGUUUUAGAAUCCAUUUUCAGUCUCAUGUUGAUUGCUUGAAGGUUUUUAUCUAAUCUACUCAAUGGAGUCCAAUGUAGAAGUUUAAUUCGUGGUUUGACGUUGAGCACCACAUUUCUAAGUUCACAGCUUCAUUCUAGCUUCUACAAGGCAGGUUUAUUGUGCUAACCUCGUCCUGGUCACACUCUGCAGGUUCACAGGUCCUAGUUAUGUAAUGGACGAUCACCAGUCUGUAUUAUUUACAUUUUCUAAGCUUUUAAAUUAACUUUUCUAAUUCACAAAGUUCUUUGGCCUAGAUUCUAAUUUCAUAAUUCCAAAGUUUGGGUUCUAGGCUAACUGAAGAAAAAAAAACACGACUCACGAAAUCGUAAUGACACGAUUGCAAACAAACCAUACCACAUUGUCUCAAUAAUUUGUUUUACGGUGUGGCCUUUCUUCAAUAUUUUCUGCAGUACGCCUUGUAGAUACAUAUAGGUAAAUUGUUGUAGGGUCUAGUUGAGGAUGUAUAACCUACACUAGGCUGGUUGAAGCAUGGCGUAGCUGACAUGUGGUCAAAGGAUAAAGCAAAAAGAGACCUUUAGUAGUAAACCUUUUUACCUACAUGUUGUACUUGGCAAAGCUUCAUGUAGGUGAAAUAUCGUACUAACAAGGGUUUCCUUUCGUUGGAUAUCUUUAAAUUACACUAGGCUGGUUUCCUGCACUAAUGGACAUUGUAUUGUUGUCCUCGGAUCUCUCUAAAAAAAAAAUCAGUUGUUUUACCUUUGUUAUCGAGUUGUUAUUUAGUUAUUUUAAUGUCAACAUUUACAGGGAGAGGUGAAAUACCUGAUCAGUGUUAGUAUCUUAUUGCAAUCAAGAAACCCUAGGGUUUCGGGGGUCAACGCCCCCGCGGCUCGGUCUGAGACCAGGCCUCAUGGUGGAUCAGGGUCUGAUCAACCAAGUUGUUACUGCUGGCUUAUUCUUAAUGUGCCUUUGAUAUACCUUCGAUGAGUUUCGAAAGUUACUACUCACGGAGCCCGGCCAUGGGUCAGGCUCGUCUGGUGCUAGCCUGGUCAACCAGGCUGUUGCCCACUGCCUCACAUAUCUAUCACAGCUUGGUUGAUCUGCGGCCUGGUGAAGAUACUUGUCCAGUUUUCUCUUCAAAACUUCUACACUUGUUCCAGCAUUGUUCCUGAUAUCUUCUGGUAAGAUGUUGAAUAGUCUGGGACCACGAAUGUUGAUACUACUUAUGUAUCAAGACCAGCCUUGAUUCUGGUCAAGAACUAGAACCAAGAAAUUGAAAACUUCCAUCGCCUUCCGCGGCUCACCUCUCAUUCCCCUGGUGCUGUAUGACCCCUAACGGGUUUAGCGCUUUGAAUGUAAUAAUUAUUUGUAUCAG